UUCUCACUUCAAACUCAUUCUGUUCAUCAGUGGCAGCGGAAUCAAAUAGCGUCGCCAUAACAAUGCAGUCUCCCAAUACGAAAGACAAGCUGAUGGUUGCGGCUGAACGCGGAGAAAUUGGUAUGUUGUAUCAACUUAUCGAGGAGGACGGAAACGUGUUGCAUCGGAUGGAUAAAAUGGAUGUGGUCAACACUCCAUUGCACAUGGCUUCAUCCAAAGGAUACAUCGAUUUCGCAAUGGAAAUGAUGUACUUAAAGCCAUCCUUGGCUAAAAAACUGAACAAAGAAGGCUUGAGCCCCGUGCAUGUUGCGUUGAAAUGUGGGCAUACACAGUUGGCGGUUUCGUUGCUGAGACUUGACAAAAGUCUCCUCGGUGUCAAAGGGAAGAUGGGUUACACGCCAUUGCAUUAUCUAGUCAUGUACGAAAAGGAUAACGAUAAUUUGAAUAGGUUUUUCGAUGACUACCAUCCUUGUAUCAUCAAUGAUUUGACGAGUCAAGGUGAAACUGCUUUACAUGUCGCGGCUAGAUACAAUAACCAGGCACUUACAUGUCUUCUCAAAUGGCUGAGGACAACUGCUAAAUUUAGCAUGUUGCAGAAGCAUAAACUCCUUGACGUGGGUAACAGGGACAAGGAAACUGUGUUGCAUGUUUUGGCGCAGUACCAACCGCAGCCCCAGAUUGUGAAAAUGCUAUCAAGUGACCUUAGGAUCAACACGGAAGCUAAAAAUUCGAAACGUCAGACGGCUCUUCAAAUCUUAGAGUCCUCGGAUAAAAAAGGCAAUGACGACAUCAAGAAGUGCGUGUCCAUUUUACGCCACACAAAAUUCUGGGAUCCCGUUGCGAUUCUUCGCAGAACGCCGUUUUAUAUCAUGGCGGUGAUUACUCAAUGGGGAUACGAAAUCAAAACUAUGUCACCCGAUAAUGGGAAUGCAAUGCUCGUCGUUACAGUUCUGAUCCUUACCACCAGUUAUCAAGCCUCGCUAAGCCCCCCUGGUGGCGUUUUGCCGGCAGAUGUGCCCGGAAAGGACAACAGCAAUAAGUUUUCCAACUUGCAGAUUUACAUUGGUUCCAUCAACGGUACUACUAGCAGUAAUCAUAGUUAUCAUGUGGUGGAAAACAUCGACUUCAAACCCAAUACCUCCACGGUGGGAUCGUCGGUUCUUAAGAAUGGACCGUUCCUUUGGUUCUUCGUUCCAAAUAUUCUGGCCUUCUCAACAUCUUUUCUUCUAACAUGUUUGGUUAUUCCCACCCUCGUCAGCGGUUUCUUCUCCUUUGUUCUCACUUUAUCAUUGUCCACAUUGUUGUUUUGUCUCUUGGAUUCCGCAUUGGUUAUCAUAUCGCCCGACAAUCAAACUAGCCAAAUUCUCUUCACUUGUGUUUAUACCAUAGUUUAUAUCACCUAUCUCGCCAUUGCAUUUGUAGUGGUUCCUAAAAUGAGGAAAUAUGUUAUUUCAUAAUCAUGACCAGUGAGAUUGUUAUUCGAGUUCUGGGAUUAGGAUCUGUGAUGUUGGGAUGCAAACAUAAUAUUAGCAAUGAGAUGAAAAUAACAAUGAAAUAAGGGAGAGAGAGUGUGUGAGUGUGUUUUAACAAUAAGAAGUCUACGAGUGUAUUAAUAAUUGUUCAUGUAUUUUAAUAAUAUUUCAGUUUUUACUAUACAA